AUGUCGAUUCUCCCCGCUGAUGUUCAUGCGGAGCUGACCCAGCUUCUGCAAGCUCUCCAGUCUGCCGACAACAACACUCGAGCCCAGGCUGAAGAGCAUCUGCAAAACAACUGGACGAACAACCGUCCCGAGAUCCUGCUCAUGGGUCUUGCUGAGCAAGUCCAGGCCGCAUCUGAGACUCCGGUGCGCUCCUUUGCUGCUGUCAUCUUUCGCCGAAUCGCUUCGAAAACCCGCAAGAAUGAGAGGGGCGACUCGGUAGACAUGUUCAUUUCGUUGGCCACAGACCAGGCUGCUGUCAUUCGCCAGAAGCUUCUCGAAACCCUUGCAGGCGAUUUCGACCGCUCCGUAAGGAAUAAAAUCAGCGAUGCUGUUGCCGAAAUCGCGAGGCAAUACACGGAGAACAAUGACUCCUGGCCCGAGUUGCUUGGCGCACUCUUUCAGUUGAGCAUGGCCCCUGAGGCCGAAAAGCGGGAGACAGCCUUCCGCGUAUUCGCCACGACUCCCAGUGUGAUCGAGAAGCAACACGAGGAGGGCGUCAUGCAGGCCUUCCAGAAAGGCUUCAAAGACGAGUCGAUCCAGGUUCGCUUAGCUGCCAUGGAGGCCUUCGCAGCCUUCUUCCGGAGCUUGGGCAAGAAGGCCCAGGCCAAAUACUACCCGCUCAUUGCCGAUGUUCUCAAUAUUCUACCCCCCAUCAAGGAGACACACGACUCUGAAGACCUCAGCGCCGCCCUCGUUGCUCUAAUCGACUUGGCCGAAACUGCUCCCAAGAUGUUCAAGAGCCUGUUCCGUAACCUUGUGCAGUUUAGCAUCUCCGUCAUCCAGGACAAGGAACUCGACAGCCUGUGCCGUCAGAACGCUCUCGAGCUCAUGGCCACAUUUGCCGACUACGCACCCUCAAUGUGUCGCAAGGACGAGUCCUAUACCAACGACAUGAUCACGCAGUGCCUGAGCCUCAUGACGGAUCUCGGCGAGGACGACGAUGAUGCAGCCGAGUGGCUUGAUUCCGAUGAUCUUGACCAAGAAGAAAGCGAUCUGAACCACGUCGCAGGAGAGCAAUGCAUGGACCGUCUUGCCAACAAGCUUGGUGGCCAAACGAUCCUCGCCCCAACGUUCAACUGGCUUCCCCGGAUGAUGACUUCCAUGGCGUGGAAGGAUAGGCACGCGGCCCUGAUGGCCAUUUCUGCCAUCUCUGAAGGUUGUAGAGAUCUCAUGAUCGGCGAGCUAAGUCAGGUACUCGACCUUGUCAUACCUGCCCUAAAGGAUCCCCACCCGCGUGUGCGUUGGGCAGGCUGCAACGCGCUUGGACAAAUGAGCACCGAUUUUGCUCCAAAGAUGCAGACUGACUACUACGACCGCGUUCUGACAGCCAUCGUACCCGUGCUUGAGUCACCAGAGCCACGUGUCAAAUCGCAUGCAGCUGCUGCUCUGGUCAACUUUUGCGAAGAGGCCGAGAAGGAGACUCUCGAACCCCAUCUCGACGGCUUGCUGUCACACCUAUUCCAACUUCUCCAGAACGACAAGCGCUAUGUGCAAGAGCAAGCUCUCUCCACUAUCGCCACCAUUGCCGAUGCUGCAGAGGCCGCCUUUGGCAAGUAUUACGACUCUCUGAUGCCUCUUCUUGUCAACGUGCUCCAGCGCGAUGACGAAAGGGAAUUCCGUACCCUUCGCGCCAAGGCCAUGGAGUGUGCCACCCUGAUUGCGCUGGCUGUCGGCAAGGAGCGUCUUGGACAAGAUGCCAUGACCCUUGUUCAACUUCUGGCCAACAUUCAGGCCAACAUCACUGAUGCCGAUGACCCCCAGACACAGUACCUCAUGCACUGCUGGGGCCGUAUGUGCAGGGUGCUCGGUCAUGAGUUCCUGCCUUUCCUCGCCAAUGUCAUGCCUCCUCUGCUUGAGCUAGCGAGCGCAAAGGCCGACAUCCAGCUCUUGGAUGACGAGGAGCAGGUAGAGCAGAUCCAGCAGGAGGACGGCUGGGAGCUGGUGCCACUCAAGGGUAAGAUGAUUGGCAUCAAGACAAGUACAAUGGACGACAAGAACAUGGCGAUUGAGCUCUUGGUUGUGUAUGCCCAGGUGCUCGAAGGCCACUUUUCUCCCUACGUUGCCGAAAUCAUGGAGAAGAUUGCCAUCCCGGGCCUUUCCUUCUUCUUCCACGACCCCGUCAGAUUCGUCUCGGCCAAGCUGGUGCCUCAGCUCCUGGGUUCCUACAAAAAAGCCUACGGCUGCCCCUCAAAUGAGCUUGCAGGCCUAUGGACCGCAACGGUGGACAAGCUGCUGGAAGUCCUCACGGCUGAGCCGGCCAUUGACACAUUGGCUGAAAUGUACCAAUGCUUCUACGAAUCUGUCGAGGUUGUGGGCAAGGGCUGCCUCAGCGCGGACCACAUGUCCAAGUAUAUCGACUCGGUGCACUCGGCACUCGAGGACUACAAGGAUCGCGUGGCACAGCGUGCGGAAGAGAAGGAGGGCGCCACAGCAGACGAUGUCGAGGAUGAGGCUGAGGAGACGCUGAUGGCCAUUGAGGAUGACCAGACGCUCCUGUCAGACAUGAACAAGGCGUUCCACGCCAUCUUCAAGAAUCACGGCGCAGCAUUCCUUCCGACUUGGGAACGGCUCAUGCCCACGUACGAGGGGUUCCUCAAGUCGACUGAUCCUACACAGCGCCAGUGGGGCCUCUGCAUCAUGGACGACGUGCUGGAAUACUGCGGGCCGGAGAGCAGCCGAUACGCCAACGUCAUCACGCAGCCACUGAUCGAUGGCUGCCAGGAUGUCUCGCCGGCCAUCCGGCAGGCGGCGGCGUACGGCAUCGGCGUGGCGGCGCACCGAGGCGGCGCACCCUGGGGCCAGUUCCUCGGGGGGGCGCUGCCGUACCUGUUCCAGGCAACACAAGUGCCGGACGCACGCAACGACGAGAACGUGUAUGCAACGGAGAAUGCGUGCGCGGCCAUUGCUAAGAUCCUGCACUAUAACGCAAGCCAGGUGCCGGAUGCGCAGGCCGUUGUUGUUCAGUGGCUUGAGACAUUGCCCGUUACCAACGACGAGGAAGCGGCGCCGUACGCGUACGCUUACCUUGCAGAGUUGAUUGACCAGCAAAACCCCGCAGUGAUCGGGCAGGCAGGCAAGAUGUUUGUCAUGAUCGCACAGGCGCUCGAGAGCGAUGCGCUUCAGGGGCAGACGGUGACCAGGGUAGUGGCGGCUACCAAAGCGCUGCUCGCCAAUGCGGGCGUGGACCCUGCGCCCCUGCUGCAGCAGUUCCCCGCGGAAAGCCAGCAAAGGGUUGCGGCCUACUUUGCGUAG